UAGCGCAUUUCCGGUGCCCUUUCUCCCGCGAGCACCUUGCGCCCCGGACCCUCGUGUGAAGGGUGUGAUCUCUGAACUGGAGUGGGGUCGAGGUGGGCCGGCACGGGCUUCUGACCUGUGGUGUCGCUGGCCUCAGGAUCGGACAUGGCCCAGAACUUGAAGGACUUAGCGGGACGGCUGCCCUCUGGGCCCCGGGGUAUGGGCACGGCGCUGAAGCUGCUGCUGGGGGCCGGCGCUGUGGCCUACGGCGUCCGCGAAUCCGUGUUCACCGUGGAAGGCGGACACAGAGCCAUAUUCUUUAAUCGGAUCGGUGGCGUGCAGCAGGACACCAUACUGGCCGAGGGCCUUCACUUCAGGAUCCCCUGGUUCCAGUACCCCAUCAUCUAUGACAUUCGGGCCAGACCCCGAAAAAUUUCCUCCCCUACAGGUUCCAAAGAUUUGCAGAUGGUAAACAUCUCCUUGCGAGUGCUGUCUCGACCGAAUGCCAUGGAGCUUCCCAGCAUGUAUCAGCGCCUAGGGCUAGACUACGAGGAGCGAGUGCUGCCUUCCAUCGUCAACGAGGUGCUGAAGAGUGUGGUGGCCAAGUUCAAUGCGUCACAGUUGAUUACCCAGCGGGCCCAGGUAUCCUUGUUGAUCCGGCGGGAGCUUACAGAGAGAGCCAAGGACUUCAGCCUCAUCCUGGAUGACGUGGCCAUCACAGAGCUGAGCUUCAGCCGAGAGUACACGGCUGCUGUGGAAGCCAAACAAGUGGCUCAGCAGGAGGCCCAGCGAGCCCAGUUUUUGGUAGAAAAAGCAAAACAGGAGCAGCGGCAGAAGAUCGUGCAGGCGGAGGGUGAGGCUGAGGCCGCCAGAAUGCUGGGAGAAGCCCUGAGUAAGAACCCUGGCUAUAUCAAACUGCGCAAGAUCCGAGCAGCCCAGAACAUCUCCAAAACGAUUGCCACAUCACAGAACCGUAUCUAUCUCACUGCGGACAAUCUCGUCCUGAACCUCCAGGAUGAAAGUUUCACCCGGUAAGACAUGGGACUGAUACAGUGGGGUGUCACAGAGCAUGGGACCAGAGUCUGGUUGCUUGAAA